AGCGUCUUUAUAUUUUGAAUCAAUUGCUUAACUUCUUGUGAUAGUUGCGAAACAUUACGCGGUGUCCUUGUACCGCGGCCGAGGUGCCGUUUAGUGGCGUUAAAACCAAAAAAUAGUUUAAACCAAGGGUUCGUAAAAAUAAAGCAAAAUGGGCGAUCAGCAAUUUUUCCUGAAGUGGAACGACUUCCAGACAAACAUGGUGACCUCCUUCAGGCAUUUGAGGGACGAAAAAAGCUUCACAGACGUGACGCUAGCGUGUGAAGGACAAACGUGUAAAGCGCAUAAAAUGGUCCUCUCCGCGUGUAGUCCAUACUUUAAAAGCUUAUUAGAGGAGAACCCCUCGAAGCACCCUAUAAUAAUCCUGAAAGACGUGUCGUAUUUGCACCUGCAAGCGAUCCUCGAGUUCAUGUACGCCGGAGAGGUCAACGUCUCGCAAGAACAGUUGCCCGCCUUCCUCAAGACAGCAGCUAGAUUGAAGGUUAAGGGUCUUGCUGAGCCGCCACCACAAAUGCCCAGUAUCAAGAGGGAAGGCUAACAGUUUUAGUGCCCUAAAGACUCUUAGUGUACCAGGAACACCAAUCUAACUUAUCAACACAUUACAUGACACAAAAUACACAGUUCUAUUAAAACAUACAGAUUUUCAGACCAUACAGUGUCUUUCCGUUCGAAUUUCAAAAUACAAAAUCAAUGCAACAAUAAUUUUUCUACACAUAGGGGUGUAGUCAGACAUGCUACUCCCAGUGCUCUCCAACUGCAUUGAGAUUGCAAAAACCUGCAGUUGGAAAGCAGUUUGGAUGAAGUCAUCGUUCGCAACAGCACGUUAACUCUACUAACAAUCAGCAGUUGUUGCAGUAGAGAUGCUCGUGCGACUACGUACAAGACUUGUUUCCAUAAGGAAACACAACAUAUUUUUUAAACAAACCGUACUUCUACACUUUAGAUUGCUGUGUGCCUAAAUAAAUGAAAAACACCGAUAUAUACACAAUAUCUAAACAUAACACAACACAACAUACACAUUUUUAGACAAUGAACAGUAUUUUUCUGUUGUCAAGACUUACGCUUUUAACUUACAAGUAUGUGCCUAUACAUUUUAGCGUAACGUAUUUAUGUUGUGUGUAACCACAAUAUACACACAACAAUAACAUACAACACCUUUAGACAAAUAAUUAAUAUUUUUUCCAUCAGACUUAUAAAUUAACUUGCGCCAGAAUUAGAAACAUUGUAUAAUUUAAUAUGUUGUAAAUUUUACAAUUUAUAAGUACUUCUAUUGCACGCUUUUAUAUAUACACAAAUUUUCUCUCAGACCCAGACAUCUUAGUAUACUUUACUAUGUCAGGGUUCUACGUUAAGUGGUAUUUAGAAUUUUCAUCUUUCUAAAUAUCGCGUACUUGCUUUCCCAACACAAUGUCACAAUAGUACAUAUAAAUACAUUACAACCAAAAAACCAUAUCAAUGUUAUUGACGGUUUCAUUUUAAGGCGUGUUCGCACUGAUCAACUUGCUCUGCAGCACACACAUGAAUGUUUCCACAAAACGAGUUGCAUGCAAGUAACUUAUAAUGUGUAAACGCGUAAAAAAACUGACCUGGUUUGUCAAUGAACAAACUAUUAAAUAAUAUAAGAGCAUGUAACAAGUCUAUUCUUUUAGACGUUAUUUUUAUUUCUCUUCAAAUAUUGUUUUUUUUUUCUUUUCAACGGCAAAAAUGAAGCUCUAGAGGCGCGCCCUACUUUUAAAUUGAAAUUACUUUAGUUCUAUUUUUUUUGCGAUCGUUGGUCAUCCAUACUUACUUGAAUCAGCCGUGCUGUCACUAUACAGGGUUAUUUGUAAAAUACGAACAAAUUCGCAGGACUAUAUUACUGAUAUUAUAAACAACAACUUUAGAUAAUGUAUUUAGCAGUCAGGUAGUAAGUUCAAACGUGCAAGCGUCCUCCUCGACGACCCCCACCUCCACUCCUGCAUUUUGCAUAGGACUGGUAUUUACGCUAGCACUUCUUUUAUUACCGCACAGAGUUAUCAUCAUUUAUAGUCUGUCUUUUCUGAAGAUGGAGUAAAAUGACAGUUCAUCGGCCAGUGUUGCCCGCUUGCAAGCAGCUAGUGAUUGCAGUCGAUAAAUAUUCUAUCGACAGAAUGUUUGUUACGCUUAUGCGAUAAAUAGUCGAACUUGUUUCAUUUGAAUCAUUAUCGGCCCAUUAUUCGUCCAACUGCUGGGCACAGGUUUAUUUGAAUUGUCAAUUUUUGAAAGAUAGAAAUAGGAGACAUACUUCAAUGUUGUUGAUUUUAAUUUUGGUAUACAUAAUCAUAUCCACAUGUCGUUAUUAAAAUGUUUAUGAAUAAAAAAUUCAUUUCGAUACAUUAGUAUCGAAUAUUUUGGCCUAUUAAGGCCAACUGUCAAAAUAAGAAUAAUAAAUACAAUAACGCAAUCAUUAGAACGUGGUAUCAUCCGCAAUUAAGACGAUUUUUGGCAAAAUUUUACCUACUUUCACAAUUUAUCGUCAAACCUGUCGACAACAACUACAUGACUAUUUUAUGAAAACUGACAA